AUGAGCCACCAAGGUGAGCGACAGCAACGCGAAGUCGUCCAGGCCAACGACACUAUCGAGAUCGAAGCUCCAGUAGAGCGUAUCACUGUGAAGACGAAAGGGACCACCACCACGCCUGAACCUUCCACGCCCAGCUCGAGCAUUGACGGCAGACUUCACGGCGCCCCAGAGAUCCUCGAUGAUACAGGAGCCGUACACGAGUACGAAGAAAGAGAGGGCGCGAAGAAAACGAGGUUUGCAUACCUCAGGACAAGGGACUUUUGGGUUGUAUUAUUGCUUACGCAGAUCAUCGCGUUGGCCCAAACUGGAACAAACACCCUCACAUCUUUGAUUAAUGCUCGAGGCACGAGUAUACCGGCCUUCCAAACCUUCUUCAACUAUGUCUUGCUCAAUAUAGUGUACACUUCCUUCACCAUUUACAAGUACGGUUUCUCGAAAUGGGCCAAGAUGGUUGUAAAAGAUGGCUGGAGAUUCUUCAUUCUGGCUUUCUUGGAUGUCGAGGGCAACUACUUCAUUGUGCUUGCGUACAAGUACACAAACCUUUUGUCCGCACAACUUUUCAGCUUCUGGACCGUAAUUGUGGUAGUUGUCAUUUCGCUGGUCAUCCUCAAGGUCCGCUAUCACCUCGCACAGUAUGGAGGCAUCGUACUUGCAUGCGGAGGCUUUGCACUCCUGAUAGCGUCCGAUUACAUCACCAAGAGCAACAACUACGCCCCUUCAGACGCUCUCAAAGGAGAUCUUUUCUGCCUGCUCGCCCAGACUCUAUAUGGUUUCAGCAACACAUUCGAAGAGUUUUUGGUCUCAAAAAGACCCAUGUACGAAGUCAUUGGCCAACUCGCCUUCUGGGGAAUGUUCAUCAAUGGCGUACAAGCAGCCAUCUUCGAUCGUCACUCUAUUCAGGAAGCACACUGGGACGGGCAAAUUAUUGGGUACAUUGUCGGCUACACUUUGUUGCUAUUUAUCUUUUACUCUCUGGCACCAAUCGUCUUCCGCAUGAGCAGUGCCGCUUUCUUCAACAUUGGUCUUUUGACAGGCACCUUUUGGGGAAUCGUCGUCGGUACUCAAGUUCUGGGUUACCACAUCCACUAUCUCUACCCUAUUGCCUUCGUUCUUAUCAUCCUCGGUCACUUCGUUUACUAUGGCACUGAGGGUGUGCUAGGCGAGGCUAAGAAACCUUGGUUGGGAGAGAAUCAGGAGCUUGGUGAGAGCGGUCUGGGAACAGCUCGGCGUCGUGCUGAACACCUCAACGCCAUCGUCUGA